AUGGCUAGCGAGAGCAGCCCGCGCCCCCUGCCCAAAACACGAAACGUCAACGACACUCUUACCGUUCCACAGAAGAGAGCACAUGCAGUCAAGGAAGCCUUUGAGUUCGCUUGGCAUGGUUACUACACAUAUGCUUUCCCCAAUGAUGAAUUGCUUCCGGUCACCAACUCGUUUUCAAACUCCAGAAAUGGAUGGGGUGCUACUGCUGUCGAUGCUCUCAGUACUGCUAUCCUGAUGGAGUCACAGGAUGUUGUCACAGCCAUUGUGGAUUACAUUCCGACCAUAAACUUCAACAUCAGCAUAAGCAACACACCGGUCAGUUUGUUCGAGACUACCAUUCGCUAUCUCGGAGGCAUACUCUCGGCUGUCGACCUCUUGAACGGUCCCUACCAGCAUUUGAUCGAAUCGGCAAACGAUACUAUCGCAUUGGCCCAACAAGCUGUCAAUCUGGCCUCUAAACUAAGAUUUGCGUUCGACACACCGACAGGAAUCCCCUCCAACGAUCUCAACUUUGGAGAAGACACUUUCGACCUCUCUGAAGCGACCGGGCUUGCUGUCGCCGGCUCUUUAGUCCUCGAAUGGACUCGUCUAUCAGAUAUGGUUCGCAGAAUUGACUACGCAAACUUGACUCAACACGCCGAAGAAUAUCUGAUUCAUCCUACUUACCAGAAUGCCACGAUACAACCACUUCCUGGUCUUCGUGGCACAAGCAUUGAUCUUUGCACAGGAAACUUCCUUGACGUGAGUGGUAGCUGGGGUGGCGGAGACGACUCGUUCUACGAGUAUCUAAUAAAGAUGUUCAUUUAUGAUCCUGCAAAAUUCACUACCUACAAGGACCUAUGGCUCGAAGCCGUUCAAUCCUCAGCCACUAGCGACAUAUUCUCACACCCUUACUCUCGUCCCGACCUGACCUUCCUUGCCUCAUGGAAUGGGCAAGAUGUAAAUCUGGUAUCUGGUCAUCUCGCUUGUUUCGCUGGAGGAAAUUGGAUCCUGGGCGGAUUGGUCUUGGGAAAUCAAAGCCUGAUUGACUUGGGCCAAAAUCUUGCAGACAGCUGUGCCGCAACCUACAAUGCUACUCUUACAGGUAUCGGUCCUGAGGCAUGGGAAUGGGAAGACGAAAAUUUCUUCGAGGAUGACGAUGAAGAGGUUGACAUGUUCAUCGAGGACAAUGGCUUCAACAUCACAGACGCUAGCUAUAACUUGCGACCUGAAGUUCUCGAGUCACUUUACUAUGCCUACCGCGCCACAGGCGAUACAAGAUACCAAGACUUGUCCUGGAAAGCAUUCCGAGCCAUCAACGCGACCUGUCGAACAGGAUCUGGAUUCUCUUCUGUCUCAAAUGUCAAUGCUCCUCAUGGAGGAAGCUUUGAGAACUUCCAGGAGAGCUAUAUGUUUGCUGAGACUUUCAAGUAUGCCUAUUUGAUCCAGGCCGAGGAUGCGAAAGUGCAUGUUGCAAAGAAGGGCGAGGAGCAGACUUGGGUCUUCAACACCGAAGGCCAUCCAUUCAAGGUCAGAGCUCAGCAGUGA